AUGACCGCAAAGGGUCGGGAAGACGCAGAAAGUAGGUCGUUACUGUUUGAGUAGUGUGUGCGUUGAUUGCAAUCGAAUAUUUGCAGUUAAAAGCGGAUUUUACGUGUCUUUGAAAAAACUUGCUUAGACCAGACCGUCUUGUGCUGUGUCUGUCAAAGUAGCCGGCGCUUUCAGCCGGCCCAUCUACACCCACCUGCUGCAAGCCGUGUACGUCGUCACGCCCGCCUUCUGCACCCAUUGUGGCGACUACAUCUGGGGCACGGGACCCGUCGGCCAGCGGUGUGCAGAGUGCGGCGACUGCUUCCACGGCCCGUGCGCGCGCUGCAGCCCGCUACACCCCUGCCAGCGGGCCAAUGGAGAGGCCGCCUCGCCACGGACGUUCGCCGAACAAGUGCCAAUACACAAGUGGACCUCAAGCAAUGUUCUGGAGUGGAUGGCAUCUAUAAAUUUGAUUAAUCCAGUAGAAAUUUUCAAAUCCAUGAAUAUCGACGGCAUGGAGCUCCUCAACCUGGACAAGGAGAAAUUGAUGACGAUGGGCAUCAAGGACCCAUACAUCCAGAGUAUGCUGCUGCUGGGCGUGAAGCGGCUGCAGGCGGGCGACGGCGGCGCGGCCGGCGAGCCGAGGCCCGGCGCCGGCGGCCACUCGGCCAGCGACCACCAGCUGCGGCCGGCCAGCUUCAGCCGGCUGCGCAGCUGCCAGGCGUGCGGCCUCCCCCUGCUCGGCACCGACCACCAGGGCCUCACCUGCAUCGACUGCGGCCUGGUGGUGCACCGGAGAUGCGGCGCGCAGCCGGCCGGCCUGCCCGCCUGCGACGCCGGCGGCGCCGGCCGGCCGCCGCCCUCGCUGUUCGGCGCCGAGCUGUCGCAGCUGUUCCAGCCGGGCCGGCAGCCGGGGCCGCCGCUGCUGCAGCUCUGCCUGGCGCAGCUGGAGCGCCGCUGCCAGCAGGACGUCGCCAUCAACUGCUACGAGCUGUACGAGAGCACCGUCUCGUGGGACGAGCUGCAGCCGCUGCGGGAUGCCGUUGACCUCGACCUGGAGAGCGUCGACCUGAACCGGUUCGAGCUGGCGCACAUCAGCAGUCUGGUGAAGAAGUUUCUGGCCCACCUGCCCAACCCUGUGAUACCUAUUCAGGCUUACGACGAGAUGGCGGCGCUGGCGGAAGGUCACAUGGACUCGGCCGAGGGAUGCGCGGCGGCCGUGGAGGCGCUGGUCACGCAGCUGCAGGACCACCACCAGGCGACGCUGCGGCUGCUGAUGCGGCACAUCUGCCGCCUGUGCCAGCUGCAGCAGGCGCGAGGCUGCCGUUACCCGCCCACCCAGCUGCUGAAGACGCUCAGCUUCGUGCUGAUCCGACCGCCGUUCGAGCAGAUCACGUUCUGGCCGGAACGGACUGCGCUGCACACGCGCCUGCUCGAGCUGCUCGUGAUGAACUACGACUGGGGCGGCCAGCCGUACCCCGAGUGUGUGUCGCCGCCGGCGCUGCCCCCGCGCCAGCCGCAGCCGACGCCGCCGGCGCCGCCGCCUCAGGUGCCGCCGCGCCGCGCCGCGCGCGACCUCGAGCUGGAGCGCGCCGGCUGGUACUGGGGCAGUCGCAGCCGCGAGGAGGUCUCCGAGAAGCUCAACGGCCAGCCGGACGGCACGUUUCUGGUGCGCGACUCGCUGACGGCGGCCGGCGAGUACACGCUCUCGCUGCGUAAGGGCGGCAACAACCGGCUGAUCCGUAUCUACUGCCGCAACGGCAAGUACGGCUUCUCGGAGCCGUGCAACUUUGACUCGGUGGUGCAGCUGAUCGACCACUACCGCAACGAGAGCCUGCGCAAGCACAACGUGCAGCUGGACGUGCGGCUGGAGGUGCCGCUGGUGGAGUCGCGUCAGUACGACGACAAGUAUUCGACGGCCGACCUGCUCAGUCGACUGCGCGAGACGCAGAUCAAGUACGAGGACAAGGCUGUGGAGCUUGAGUCGCUCGACAAGCACCGCUGCAUCUUGGCCGACCGCAUCACCGUGCAGAAGAAGGCCAAGGAGGCGUACGAGGAGGUGCUGCGCAUGCUGGAGGAGGAGAAGCAGCUGCACAUCAAUAACCGGGACAAGGCGCAGCUGCACGAGCACAGCCAGCUGCUCGACAACUGGCGCCUGCUGGAGAGCCGGGUGAACCAGGUGGAGCAGUGUCAGCUGCAGGUGGAGGACGAGAUCCGCCGGCAGACGUCCUACUUCAAGACGAUCGAGAACGACCAGAGCAUGCGUCACCAGGAGGAGCGUCGUCUGCUGCAGCAGAAGCGCGACCUGGAGCGCGAGCUGCUGCGGCGGGAGGUGCGCCGCGAGCGGCUGGACCGGCUGCUGGCCGGCCGCGAGGACGGGCCCGACCGUAAGCCGCUGGCCGAGCAGGAGGAGUACUGGCUGCUGGAGGGCUGUGACCGGCUGCGCGCCGAGGCGCUGCUGCUCAAGAAGCCGGACGGCACGUUCCUGAUCCGGCGGCGCACCGACAAGCCGGACGUGUACGUGCUCUCGAUCGUGGCGCUGGGCAACGUGCAGCACUGCUGCGUGGACCGCUCGGAGCGGGGCUUCGGCUUCUCGCAGCCGUACGCCAUCUACCCGACGCUGCGCUCGCUUGUGGACCACUACGCGGAGAACGAUCUGGGCGAGUUCAACGAGAAGCUGCCCACGCGGCUCUUGUACCCGGUGCUGGGCUCGCAGCCCGACUGAGCGCCGGCCGCCGCCGGCCGCCCCUAUCUGUGAUUGUCCGGACCACGGCUCCGGUCUUCUAGUCACGCUCGGCGCUGUCGCGCCCCGGGCGAGUACAAAGCCGGGCCGCGCUUCGUCGGCGGCGGCGGCGGCCGGCCCACCGGACCCGUUUGGUGUUUGUCGUCGUCCGACGCCGCGGCGGGGCCGGACCGCCAUCGGGCCGUGACGGCGGGGUUUCAGGCUGUUGAUGUACUUGUGAUACGCGCGGCCGGGGCUGGACGGGCGCGGCCGCCCCGGGAGCGGGCGCCGCGCCGCCGCCGUUGCCGCCGCCGGUUUUAAUUUAUCAUGGAGGUUGGCUCGGCUGUUUUGUAAGAUUGUUGUCGGCACAGUCGGCGCGCACCCGACGCGCGGUGCCGUCUUAAUUCCAGUUAUUUAUGUCGAAUGUGUGCGUGUCUGUAGACGCGAGGGCGGCCGUACCCGACGAAACUUUGGAAUGCAUCCGGUAAUCAUGUUGAAGAGUCGUUGUUUUGUCGCGCCCUUUGUACAGUCUAUUGAGAGAGGAAUACAGGUGAAAACUUCUCUA